AUGAGAAUGAGGGCGCUUGGCGUGCAGCUGGAAGAGACAAGGAGGGAGUUGGCAGCAGCCAAGGGGGAACUGGAUGAGGCCGAGAGGAAACGAGUAGCGGAGAUAAGGGAGAUGAGUGGGCAGGUGAUGGCGAGGGAGAGGGAGCUGGCUGCAGUGAAGGGGGAGCUGGCUCAACAGAAGGAUGCUAUAAGGGAGCAAGACGAUGUGGCUGGGAGGAGAAUAGAAUCUGAGAUGAGAGAGUUCAAAGAAGAAAUGAGAGCGGAGUUGGCAAGGGGGAGGGAGGAGAGGAGGGAGGUGCUGGAGCUAGAUUGGCCUCGUGCCAUCACAGCCAGAGUGAAGGCUUGCAGGAAUUGGGUGAAUGUUGAGGUGGAAAUCAACCAGAGUGAAGGCGAUCAGAAAACUGCAUGGGAGGACAUAAAGUCGGCAUCACAAGGAACCGAACUGAGUCUCUCGCAACUCAAGGGCCUCUCAGACGCCAUGCUCGCCCACGUGUCCACAAUGUCUCACCUGACGAGCAUCAACUUGUGCUGUAGCUCAGGCUUCACUGCAGAAGGCAUCAAGCACCUCUACAUGCUGCCACGGCUCGAGAGGCUAAACCUCCGAAGAACAGGCGUCUCAGACAGUGCCUUGGAAGGAAUUAGGUCCUUGGUCAGUCUGAAGAAGCUUUAUCUCUAUGAGGCCAAGAUGACUGAUGCUGGGCUGCUGCAUUUGACAGCUCUGUCCUCUCUCAAAGAGCUCGAGCUUUCUGAAUGCAAGGGUGUGACAGAUGCCGGCAUGGUGCAUGUGGGGAGGCUCACAGGGCUUGAGAAACUUUGGCUGUGUGGCACGGCAGUCUCGGAUGAUGGGGUGCUGCAGCUGACUGCCCUGACCAAGCUGAGAUGUCUCAUUACGCCAGAUGGGGGUAUCUUUAUGAGUGAUGCUGCUCGCAUGCAGAUAGACAAGUAA